CACGCCGCCAGCAUCUCCGACCCUCGCGCCGCAAUGGAGUCACAGCCACAGCCACUCUUGCUUGACUCUCGCCUCAUGCGCUGCUCGCCCUGUUCCUCUCCCUCUCCCACCACCCCUGCACCACUCCCCUGUCCCCGACUACUGCGACCUCCAUCUACUCCCAGCGCCUGCGGGCGAGAGCUCUGACUUCCCCCCGCCCGACUCCCACCCUCCUGAUUCUCGUCCCUCCUCUCCCACCGACCGCGAACCACUCGAGCCUUCCUCCCCCCCAAACAAAACACCAUGGGAAACUCCGUCCCCGAUCUCGACGCCAUCGGCAUCAAAGCCGAGCCCGACCUCGCGGACCAAUUCCGCCGCGAAGUCGCCGGCCUGCUGGGCCGCAACAACCUCAACUUCCCCGGCGCGCAACCCGUCAGUUUCUCCAGGCGCCACAUCGACGAGCUGCAGCGCGAGGACUACUACGUCUGCGAGAAGACCGAUGGCAUCCGAUGUCUGAUGUACUUCGCGCGCGGCGACCCGGACUCCGAAAUGCCUGAAAUCCACUACCUGAUCGACCGCAAAAACGAGUACCGCUACGUCCCCGGCCUGCAUUUCCCCCUGCCCGACGACGACUCCUUCCAGCGCUUCCACGUCGACACCCUGGUCGAUGGCGAGCUGGUCAAUGAUACCUACGAGGACGGUUCUCAGCAGCUCAAGUACCUGGUGUUUGACUGCCUGGUGCUCGACGGGCAGAGUCUCAUGCACCGCACCCUGGAUAAACGGCUCGCGUACUUCAAGGAGAAGGUCCUCAAGCCGUACAAUGCGCUGUACGACCGGUUUCCCGAGGAGAAGCAGCACCGUGCCUUCGCGGUCGAGGACAAGUCGACGCAGUUCAGCUACGGCAUUGAGAUGAUGUUCCGCGACAUCAUCCCCAAGGUGAAGAAGAUCCACGGCAAUGACGGCCUGAUCUUCACGUGUCGGAGCACCCCGUACCGCAUUGGGACGGACGAGCAUAUUCUAAAAUGGAAGCCGCCGGCGGAGAACACGAUUGAUUUUCGCGUGCGCCUGGAGUUUCCCCUGCUGGAACCGGAUUCCGAGGACGAGGCCGAUGGGAUUACGGGGGAAUACUACGACUACGACGCGCUCCCGAUCUUUCAUCUGUUCGUCAUGCUUAAUUCGAAUGAGUAUCGCCCGUUCGGCGAGAUGUAUGUCACUGCCCCGGAGUGGGAGGAGAUGAAGGCCCUGCAGCAGCCCCUGGAUGAUGCCAUCGUGGAAUGCGCCAAGGACUCGGAGCACCGGUGGCGGUUUCAUCGGCUGCGCGAUGACAAGGCCGAUGCGAACCAUAUCUCCACGGUCGAGAAGGUGCUGGAGAGCAUCGACGACCGCGUGACGGAGGACGACCUCAUCGCGGUGGCGUCGAAGAUCAAGGCGGCGUGGAAGAAGCGCCAGGCGCAGAUGAUGGCGGAGGAGCGUCGGGCGCGUCAGGGCGGCGGCGGCGCUAACGGGAGUAACGGGGUGAAGCGCAAGUUUGAGGAAUAGGGUGUGUCUUUGACUUGACUGAUUCGGUUCUGCGCGGCGUUUGGCGUUGGGUCAUUGGCGAUGUUGUCCCUCCGGCAUGCAUGCUCUGGUUGUAUAGAUUCGGGGAUGAUGGAGCAGGGGUUAAAAUGGUCUGGGCGGGUGGUUUUUCUGUAUAAUGAUUUCCCUACUGGAUUAAUCUACAGCUUGGAUGGAUGAGCCAAGCUGCUCCGAUUGAGAGAAAUAAAC